CCCGCACCAUAGUUACGUUGCGCGUGACGUCACGCCCCGCCCGCAGCCAUGCGUACUGAGCUUGUUAUCGGGUCGCUUGUUAUGACUGGAGAAGGCCUCGGACUCAAUUAAAACUUAUCCCCGGGACAGCCGCAUGCUCAUGGAGGGCAUGGACAUAGACCUGGAUCCGGAGCUCAUGCAAAAAUUCAGCUGCAUGGGCACCACGGAUAAAGAUGUCCUCAUCUCGGAGUUCCAGAGGCUGCUGGGCUUUCAGCUCAACCCGGCGGGCUGCGCCUUCUUCCUGGACAUGACCAACUGGAACCUACAAGCAGCUAUUGGUGCGUAUUAUGACUUUGAGAGUCCAAAUAUCAACACGCCGUCAAUGUCUUUUGUGGAAGAUGUGACGAUUGGAGAGGGGGAGUCCGUUCCUCCUGACACACAGUUCACAAAGACAUGGAGGAUACAGAACACAGGUACAGAGUCGUGGCCCCCAGGUGUGUGUCUGAAGUAUGUUGGUGGGGAUCAGUUUGGUCAUGUGAACAUGGUGAUGGUGCGUUCUCUGGACCCGCAGGAGAUCUCAGACGUGAGUGUGCAGAUGCGCAGUCCGGCCGUUCCUGGCAUGUACCAGGGCCAGUGGAGAAUGUGCACUGCCACCGGACUCUUCUACGGAGAUGUGAUCUGGGUGAUCUUGAGUGUGGAAGAAGGAGGCCUGCUGGGCGUCACACAGCAGUUAUCCUCCUUCGAGACAGAGUUCAACACGCAGCCACACCGCAGUCUCGAGGGAGACUUCAACCCUUUCGCCUCACCACAGAAGAACAAGCAGGACACCAAUGAGGAUAAUCUAAAAGACCCCGGGGGCCACUGGGAGGCCCCUCUGGACUCCAUUCAGCAAGAUCAAAAUGGACUCAAUCACAGCUCUGUAAAUAUUACACCAAAUGGUCUCCAAAACAACUUAUCAGUAGUGACUUACAGCCAGGGCAUUAACGGACCCUUCCCGUUCGGACAGUCUUAAGAUACAGAAACCACCCGGUAGCUCAUCAGAGCUGCUGCUUUUGCCCUUUUCCAGGGUUCAGUGAGAGGAGGAACAGAUUUACUCUAAAGACUUGGUGACCCUUCCUCUCCCCCGACGCACCACAACAUCACAUAAAUGUGUGGACAAAUCUGUUUGGCUCCAAAUCAAUAUUGAACCAACACCUGAGUUACGCAUGUGUGAAUGCUAGAUUUAGAUGAGUGCUAGAAAUUCUAAAGAGAUAUAAUGAAAAAUACACCGUUUUUUGAUCUGUAUUGUCACAUUACAGCAGUAAAUUCAGAUGCGUGAGUGAGUGCACGAAUGCACAAGAGAAAGAGAGGCAGGACGGGUGGAUGAAUGAAUGAUGAGUGAAUCUUACGAGAAUGUGUCCGAGUCGUGUUUCACAGUAAAAUCAAUAGAAAAUGUUAUAUUUUGCAUACAGGAAAUAAAACGUGUUUUUAGGACUUUUAAGAUAUAUUUUUGCUUCGUGACAAUUAAGUACAUUAUCCCCCCCAGAUUUUCAUUACUCUAAUAAAACAUGGCAUUUUAUUUUUCAAUUAUUUUUUGUUGUUAUUCCAAUUGUUCUCACAUUUAAUUGAAUUUUUUUUUUAUAAGCCUAAUUUAAAUGCAACCAAUUAACACAUGGCAAAAAUAUUUUAAAAUUUAAAUAUAUAUUUUUGCAGUACAUCAAAUGAUUCAUUACCAUGAAAAUAAUGUCACAAUGAAGGAAAUCUUAAUGGUCAUAAAAACAGGCUUUAUUUUCUUUAAGCAAAGUACAAUUUUUCAUUUCUUCCUUUUGAUUUUGCGGUGAAAUAUGACCAGGGUUUGUUCUUGACAGGUUUUGUGGUAGGCACCUCAAUAUGUGUGCAACUGAGUGUUUCAGCCACGCACAAAAGCCAUCAACAAAGAAUUAAUGCCUGUCAAGUAGUUUUAUAAUUUUUCAUCAAUGUUCUCUGACUUUUUCUUUACAAACUGAAGAGUUUUGAGAAAAAAGGUCAAUGUGCCUACUUGGAGGUUAAAUUGUGUAAUUGCUUUCAUACGGUCCUUUGCCAGCCACUUGUAAUUGUUUAUUACAAAACUGUUCUCUGGAUCCAGUAAAAAAAAAAAAAAAGAAGAAAAAAAAGCCCAGCAACCUGUACAGCGUACAUGAGCACAUUACG